AUGGUAGAACUGCAGCUGAAUUGGAGAGAAAUCUUCUAUAUUUCGGCGUCCAUAUUGACAGUAAGUUACUCGAUUAAGCGCUAUUAUGAGCUCUAUUACAAUCAAUCUUCUUCAUUUAAUACUUCCAAAUUGACUUCGUUGCCUCCGAGGUCUCGUGGUGUAGCAUCAUUAAUAGGUAAUACUCAACUUGUUGAAAUACCCACUUUGUCGAAAUUAACUGGGUGUAAAAUUUAUGCGAAAUUAGAGCUUCAGAACCCUGCAGGUAGUGCAAAGGAUAGGGUUGCACUCUCUAUCAUUCGUGAAAUGGAAAGGCAAGGCAAAUUAAGACCCGGUCAUCCUGAUGUUGUGUUGGAGGGAACGUCUGGUUCUACUGGUAUAUCAUUUGCAGUAUUGGCAAAUAGCUUAGGCUAUACUGCUCAUAUCUGCUUGCCAGACGAUACUGCAGAGGAGAAAGUCAAUUUAUUGAAAUCGUUGGGUGCAAUCAUAGAGCCUGUCAAACCUGCUCCCAUAGUGGACCCCAACCAAUAUGUGAAUGUAGCCAAAAGAAGAGCUGAAGAGAUCUCCAAAGACCCUAACGAUGAAAGAAGGGCAAUCUUUGCGGACCAAUUUGAGAAUGACUUUAAUUGGAGAAUUCACUACUCCACUACAGGACCAGAGAUCUGGAAGCAAAUGGACGGAGCCAUAGAUGUAUUCAUAAAUGGUUCAGGCACAGGAGGCACGAUUGCUGGUGUAGGGAAAUACUUGAAGGAGCAAGACCCUGGUGUUAAGAUAAUUUUGUCGGAUCCUCAGGGAUCAGGUCUAGUGAAUAGAGUAAACUAUGGUGUCAUGUACGAUACAGUAGAGAGGGAAGGGACCAGAAGGAGACAUCAGGUGGAUACUUUAGUGGAAGGUAUAGGUUUGAACAGACUUACUUGGAACUUCAAAAUAGCUGAAGAAUACAUCGAUGAAGGAUUUCGAGUUCAAGAUGAAGAAGCUUUGAAAAUGGCCAAGUUCCUUUGCGUUAACGAUGGGUUCUUCUGGGGCUCUUCUGCAGCAGUGAACUGUGUGGCUGCUGUGAAAGCAGCAUUCAAGUACGGGCCUGGCCAAAAGAUUGUGGUUAUUGCUUGUGAUUCUGGUUCUAGGCACUUAUCGAAGUUUUGGAAAAGGGCAAUGGAGGUUCCAAACGAUAUCAAAUUGGAAGACAUUAUCGUAGAACCAUUGAGCUCUGGUCAAUAG